UGUUUAGAAGCUUGUUAAAUUGUGGUUUUCUUGUUGAAGAUGUUGUUUGCUGAGGUUUAUUUAUUUAUUUGAGGUGGGUUUGACCAAAGUUGUGUGCUUUAUGAAAUGGGUUCAGGGCAUCCUCGGAUUAAGGUUUGUGGAGAGAUAAGAUGGUCGUUGUGCUGAGCAUGGUUAUUGAUGGGUAGUAGAAGCAGAACGGUAAACGUUAACACUAAAGACGCUAACAAGGUUGUGAACGGGAUGCCAAGCUACGCUCCUCCAUUGCCUUCUUCUUCUAACUCAAUGGGCAUGGAAGCAACUAAUGUUCAUCCUUCUCGAAUUUCUGAAUUUGGAACCCUUGAGCAAUCUCUUGGAUUUCGUGUUGAGGAUACCAUCAAUCUUAGCAGAAAUCCAAUGUUUAGUCAAAUGAAGUCAAAUAGCCAAGCUCUAGGUGCUGAUGUUCAAUUUGGUGCUUUAAGUAAGACACAGUCAAUUGCAAACUCGGAUAUAAACCUCUCUGCUGCGAUUGCUGGGUCUCAGACAUUGCCAUUACAGAAAGACUCACAACAUAAUCUGACUUCGACAUCUGCUGGUCAUCGUGAGAACUGGGGAGAGUCCAACAUGGCUGAUGCGAGCCCUACUUCAACAGAGGAUACAGAUGAUAAAAAUCAAAUGCCUGAAAGGGGUGAGUCUAGUGAUAGAUCAAAAGAUAAAACAGAUCAAAAGACGUUACGACGGCUAGCUCAAAAUCGUGAGGCUGCCAGAAAAAGCCGACUGAGGAAAAAGGCAUAUGUACAACAAUUAGAGAGUAGUAGGCUGAAACUGACCCAACUUGAGCAAGAGCUCCAGCGAGCUCGCCAACAGGGAAUAUUUAUUUCAAGCACAGGAGAUCAGGCCCAUUCAAUGAGUGGAAAUGGCGCUAUGGCAUUUGAUGCAGAGUAUGCACGAUGGUUAGAAGAGCAUAAUAGACAAACCAAUGAACUAAGGGCUGCAAUAAAUUCUCAUGCUGGAGAUAUUGAACUUCGUACCAUUGUUGACAAUUUCAUGACACAAUUUGAUGAUAUCUUCAGGCUGAAAGGCGUUGCUGCAAAAGCUGAUGUUUUCCACAUUCUAUCAGGGAUGUGGAAGACUCCAGCUGAGAGGUGUUUCAUGUGGAUUGGAGGCUUUCGCUCAUCUGAAAUUCUGAAGCUUCUUGUAAAUCAAUUGGAGCCUUUAACUGAGCAACAACUGAUGGGCAUAUACAACUUGCAGCAGUCAUCCCAGCAGGCUGAAGAGGCUCUAUCCCAAGGAAUGGAUGCAUUGCAGCAAUCACUAUCUGAGACAUUGGCUAAUGGUUCACCUAGCCCAUCAGGUUCUUCUGGAAAUGUGGCAAAUUAUAUGGGGCAAAUGGCUAUGGCCAUGGGAAAGCUCGGUACUCUUGAGGGGUUUCUUCGCCAGGCUGAUAAUCUGCGGCAGCAAACAUUACAACAAAUGCUUAGGAUAUUAACAACCAGACAAUCAGCUCGAGCUCUUCUUGCAAUAAGUGAUUAUUUCUCCAGGCUGAGAGCCCUCAGUUCUCUAUGGCUUGCCCGGCCAAGAGAGUGAAGUAUUUCAAAGCUCCAACAUAUAGCAUAUCUACAACAUAACAUGAACAUUUCAUUGAAUCUUCUGCACUAAAUGAAUUCAAUGGAAGCUGGUGUCAAUUGACAAUGAAUUCCUCUAGAAGCCUAAUUGUUGUGUUGUAACGUUAGAUAAUAUGAUUUUUCUUCUACUCUCCACCUGUAAUAUCUCCGCCUAUUGCUGGUGUGGUACAACAUUUUUCUUUAAGCUUUUAUGUGCUUUUUCAAUUAGUCUCAAAUAAUUUGAUUAUAUAAUAGGUGUAUGAUAGAUAGAGUUGAAGGCGAAAAUGUAGAAUAGUAUUUGUAUUUUAGGUUAAAGUUGUUCAUUGUAUUUCAUAAAUCAGCUUUAUUUGAGGGAGAUU